AAUGCAUGUUAUCUUUGAAGGUUGCCCACACAUACAUAUGGGUGAGAACUGAUGGAAGUCAUUUUCUAAUUAAAUGUGAUUUUAGCAUUAAUCUUUGUUUAGUUUAUUAAUCAGUAAUAAAAAUGGCAUAUUUACCCCCUCCAGAAGAAUACGCAGCUGGUUCUGAAGGAACUUAUGAUUACAUGAAGAUGGAAAUGAGCAGUUGUUUUGACCCUGACUUGAUGGACGUAUGGGUUCUAACAGAGUUAUCUCAUUGGGAUCAUGAGUGGGAGAGAUGCGUGGUGCUAAGUGAGGACUACCUUUACUUGGCCCAGUAUGACUUCACUAACAGAAGUGUAAAGUGCCUGAGAAAAACUAUCAAGCUUAGCAAUGUCAAGGACAUCACUAUUGGAACCAUGUGCUAUCCUGAGUUCACUCUUUCUCCGAGACGGUGUAAUUUAGGCAUCAGAAUCAAUUGGGGCGACAAGUGCGACCCCUGUGCCAAAGUUUACUGGAACCCAGCGUCGGAAAAAGUCCCAUAUGUUGUCCUGAUGUCGCAUCCUUUGAGUCUGUACAGAAAACUGCCAAAUGGCACAAAAGGUCGCCAUUUCAGCAUAUUCGACUUCGCAAAGACAUUCCUGCCUCUCAUCAAAGUCAGCGGGCUGUACAACAUUCCGGUUUACAGCGCCCCCAUUUGCAUGGAAACCUACUUGGGACUGGGAUCCAUUCUCUACAAUGCCCACGAAUGGGGCUAUGACAAACAGCGCAAGGGCUACGUGGGCAUGUGGAAAUGUGAUCCAUUGAUCCCUGAUGAUGAUGAUGAACAGGAAGCAUUGAUGGAUGAUGAAGUGGUGGAUCGUUCGCCGCCAAGGCGGUGCAGUAGAGACGACUCGCCGCCAUUUAUCACAGAGCCCGAGACUGUGGAACUUCUCACAGCUUGUGAUAGGACCAAGUGUUGAAAUUGUCAUGGUUUAUUCAAUGAAAGCAUGAAGAAAUCAAUUAAGGGAACAAUAAGUAAAAGGUUCCAUCUGAUGACUCUUGGACCAGUUUUUAUUUUUUGGAAUUACAGUGAGACCCUGAGAUGCGGACGUAAUUGGUGCAUCAAGAGUGUCCCUAAGUUGA